UGGACACAGCAGAUCACCGAUCAAUGGAAAGAGCCAAAGAUGUCGGCUCGGUCAUGUGAUCAGCUGUGUCCAAUCACAGCUGAUCACAUCAGUGCUACCUGUCAGUGUCCAUCAGUGCCAGCUGUCAGUGAUCAUCCAUGCCACCUGCCAGUGCCCAUCAGUGCCACAUUUCAGUGCCUACCAGUGCACAUCAAUGCCACAUAUCAGUGCCCAUCUGAGCUGCCUUUCAGUGUCACCCAUCAGUGCCAGUCAGUGCGGCCUAUCAGUGCCAGUCAGUGCCGCCUAUCAGUGUGCAUCAGUGCCCGUCAGUGCUGCCUAUCAGUGCUGCCUAACAGUGCCAGUCAGUGCCACCUAACAGUGCCAGUCAGUGCUGCCUAUCAGUGCCAUAUAUGAGUGCUGCCUUUCAGUGCCCAUCAAUG